AACAUUCCUGGGGGCAGAAAUAUAAUUAGUGUAUCCCAAGUUUACUGCAUGUUGGACACUGUAAGGUGGUUUCUUUACGGCAGCCCUUGGUCUUGCAUGCCUGCAUCACCCCUACUGCCACCCUGUUAGCCUGGCAUUGGAGCUCAGCGGUGGAGACCACCCUGUCGAUCCACUCAUAAAACGUGUGGAACGGUAGAUCAGGCUCUGACUUCACUCAUAAGUUUAUCCAGGUUGCAGUUCUGCCCUGGAUUCCCAACCACCUUUAGAAAUAGUUCUGCCAGCUGAGUUACAUUGUUGAGGACACUGGACCCUGUAUUGGCCAGAUGCCCCCAAAAACAUUCAUGUCAGUCCAGUCUCCCGAGUGGAUGGAUAUAGACCUUUCGGAUCUGAAUUAUGGAUCGUGCGACUACCCGAAGCAGUUCCUGUUCCACUGCCAAAUGUACUUUUCAAGCCUGGCGAACCCCAAGCCAGACAAGAGGCAGUGACUCAGGUUCAUUGUGUCCCGGCUUUAUGGCCCAGCCUACCAAUGUCACCUCAUGGAAACUGGACUGACAUGAAUGGUGGCCAGACAUCCCUAUGUAUGGUGGCAUGACGAUCUCCUCGCUGUCCUGCUGCUUCCAUGUUGGGUCGAAGUAUUCUGUCAUCAUAAGGAGGGGCAGACAGAAGCAACUGCAGGUAUGGCAGUUUAAUAAAAUAACAAGUGCAAAGGAUCAUGAACAGGCAGAGGUCAGGCGAUCAGGCAAUCAGUACAAACAGGGCAGGGCAAAGAGACGAGGUCAUAAACGUAAGCAAAGUCAAAAACCAGAAUAAAAAGACAAGGUACAAAGUCUUUGUAUACACAGAGACACUGGGCAACUGAGCGUAUACUUCAUGAACGAAUGACAGUCUCUUAAAAAGAGUAGUGUGAGUAUGUGUAUGAUUGGAAACAGGUGACUCUUGCAACAGGUGUCACAUGCAAAAAAAAACACCUUGUAAACUCAUACUGUUUAUGUUGAGAUCCAGAAGUGAUGACAUCUACAGCAAGGAGAAAGGCUUCUACUUUGUUUUGUAAAUUAGCAGUGAAGCUGUAUGUGUUCACAGGCACAUUUACACAGAAAAUGCAUAAUUUAAGAAAAUCCAGGUAUUUGUGCAGGUAACUUUCGCAUGCUAUAUCUCACUCUGUAUAAGCUCGUAUCACUCGUCAAUGUCAACCUUGAUUGACCGUCCUCAAGUCUCUGUGAUUUUAUAUAUUUUGUGAACAUUUUUUGUCAUAGAUAGUAGCGUUUUGCACAAGUCAGGUGUGAUAGCCGCUCCACUUCAUUUUGUUUGAGGUUGUCUUUUGUCAUCCUGAAUUACCAAAAGCUACAGUCACAAGCCCCUGUUGUGUUGUUUCUGACAUUCCAAAUUCGUUCUGCAGAAUAGUAGCUGGUUUUUCCAUAUGCUUGCUUACUUUCCUUUUGCAUCUGUUUUAAAUGGAUUUAACAUGACCUUAAAUGUCGUGGUCUGAGUUGGUGGAAAUGUUGUGUUGAGAGGUUGUGUAGAGACGUCCAGAGCUCAGAUGCUUCAGAGCAGAGAUGAAAUCGCUCCUUUUUGUUUUCCUGUUGGCGGUCGGAUGUGGUGCGGUCGGAGGUCUGAUUAGAGAAUAUAUGUUCAUUCGCACCCCAGCACAGUGGUCUGAUGCUCGUUUGUAUUGCAGAACACACUCCAAAGAUCUGGCCAACGUUACCACUAUGGAGGAAAACCAACGCCUCAUAGAGUCUGGAUCCGGUUCUCAAGGUUGGCUCGGGCUGCGCCUAUACAAUACAACCACCUGGACUUUUUUCACAAACUGGUGUGAUGAUUGCCCUAAUAUGAACGUCAAAUGUGUUUACACCAAUCGUUCAGGAUUCUGGAAUACGAACUUCUGCAUGAACAUGAUGAGUUUCUACUGUUAUCGGUUCCUGAUCCUGGUGAAGGAGAACAAGACCUGGGAGGAGGCUCUGGACCACUGCAGGACUUAUUACACCGGUUUGGCCUCCGUGACCUCCGAGUCGAGUCUGCAGCAGCUGAAUCUAGAGACGGUGCAGACGCAGACAGAGAGCGUGUGGACCGGCCUGCGCUUCAUAAAUGGACAAUGGCUCUGGGUGAGCGGGGAGCAGCUGGGGAGCCUGGUCUCAAUGCCUUCAUGUCCAGCUCCAGCUUAUCGCUGUGGAGCUCUCAACACCACGACAAACACCUUAAUGAACCGAAACUGCAAUGAACGGCUGAACUUCGUCUGCUACUGGACGUGAUCUUACACAAGUUCAACUCUCCUUCAGGAAGAAUAUAUUCAUCUCACAAUAUAAUCCUUUAUUAUUUUUACUUUUAGCUUUCUUUACUGAUAUUUAAUUGGGUUUGGGGUUUAGGUCCUGAUAGAAGAACUGCAUCUGACCUGAGGAGUUUAUUUGUUGGUGAAAGGCUCAGCUAUUAUAAUAAUGUAGAAAAGUACACACUAUAAACUUUAUUACAUUAUAACUUUAUUUGAUCUGUUAACAAUUUUUACUUCACUGUAAUCAUCAAAGGUCCUUGUACCUGGUUUCAAAAUUGAAAAACAAAAUUUAAAUGACGACGUGUUCAUUUUUUUUUUUAAUACUGACUAUUAAAUUACUAAUUAACUAUGUUUAAACCCAAUUUCUGCUCAAAAAAUGCUCAAUAUUUCAAAUAUGACUCAUUUAUACUUUCUUCCCGCCUUAUUUUUUGAGUUAGAGUUAUUUUGUUUUGUGGCAUGUUCGCAUUUAACCUGAGUUUAAUUUAUCUAAGUGAAAAACCUGCAGAAUCCAUCGGUGGCUUCGCUCUGAGACGUUCAUUACAUGCUUCUCAAAGGCAGUAAGACGGACCAGGGUGUAAGAGGGUAAGAGGUAAGAAGCCCUUCCUCAAACUUCUCAACACACAUCCUGCCUCAAAUUGCUUUUAACCAACACUUAAAUCGUAAAAAUAAAAAAAAUAAAAAAAUAAAAAAAAGUUUAAUGUUGUCUUUGCCUGUGUUCUGACUGAGUGGGCAAGACAGGCGUCUGGGUGGGCUCAGAACACCCCUGCCCAUUUCUAGGUCCAGCCCCAAACGUCGACAUUGUCCAUGCGUUAAUUAAACUGACUUAUAACUAUUAACAUACAAAAGUCCUUUAAAAACAGACAUUUUACAUUCUAAAUGCUGUAGCAGGCUCACAACGAGACGCCUGGUCUAUUAAAAUAAUUGAGUAUUGCAUUUGUAUAAAGGGAGGCAUUGACAAAAUCUCACCUGUAGUACAUCAGUCUGGCCACUAGGAACCUACUACAACUUCUGGAAUGUGAAAAAAAGGUGAAUUACAUCUUUAAAACUUUAGAAAUAUAAGAUAGAGAUUAGCCUUUAGAGUGUAAAAACGUGUGUUUUUAAAUGACUUUUGUAUGUUAAAACUUAUGUCACUUUACUUGAUGCUUGAACAACAUUGACGUUUUUCCUCAGUGGGCGGAUUUGCCAGACGGUCCCUUAGGCAACUUGGAAACAUAGGCUAGUUAUUUAAUUGUCGAUAUUACAACAAAAAAUGAAUGAACGCAUUUUUAUUUUAUUUUGUUUUUCAAUUUUGAAACCGAAAACGAAUGAACACAUCAUACACGGACCGUCAAUGAAAAACCUUUCUUCUUCUUUUUUUUCGUUUUAUGAAUGUUAAUGUAUUAUGUAGCCUAUAUUUAAAUUUGUAAAUUGAUAUUUGCUCCAUUAAAAAAAUCCCUCCUAGUUUAGGAUACAAUAAACAGUUUGUUUGGAUUUAAUUCGUCCUGAAUGGUGAAAAUCUCUGCAUUCAAACAGCCAUUAUGUCGAAAUUUUGGGGGGAAAUGUCAUUGAAAAUGUCAUUUGAGUUAAUUGUUCAGUCUAGUGGUCAUGUGGUGUAUUACAGCUGCGGGAUUCGACUCCAUGACGUAAUCUUUUAUAAUCCUGUAUAUUUAUCUAUAUCUGUGUUAAUCUGUUUAAGGACAGAUAAUGAGCUUUUUUAAAAAUAUAUAUAUAUAUAUAUUUUAAGGUUAUUUAAAUUUUAUUAAAGUAUUUU